CAGGACACUUCGGAGCUGCACGCACACAAUGGACUAAAACUCCCGGAGAGAGUUCAAUAUCAUCAGCUGUGAACCAUUUUCUUAUAAACGAGUUACUUCCUUUGAGACAUAUUUCAGUCUCUGGACGCUCAGCUCUCAACAGAUUUCCAGGUAUGAUUCAGAGGAACGAGGUUGUGUUGUCUGUUUUGGGAGAGCUCCAGGAGGCCACCGAGAGCUCUGGCCUGGACGCUCUGACCAGAGUGGCCCUGGAAGUGGAUCAGGUCCUCGCUCCCUUCCAGCUCCCCGGGACCCCCUGCCAGGAUUUCCCUGAGUGGGCAGGUGUAGAUGACACAGCUCAUGGCCUGUACCCGGCUGAUGCACCUGGAGGCCUCUUGCCUCUAAACUGCAAAGGAGAAGGCAACUUACUAUUUGAUGCAGUCAGCAUGCUGUUAGUGGGCAACACAGGGCUUAGCUUGGAGCUACAGGUGCGGACUGUAGUGGAAAUGGUGCUGUGGAAGCGAUACUACCUGUCUGGGAUGAUUGAUUCUAAAAUGAUGCUCCAGGCAGUUCGUUUCAGUCUCUGUGCUGAAGAGUCUGAGGACAUGCUCAACUUGCCUGGCACAGUCUUGGAGGCCAUCUUUGAUGCAGACGUCAAAGCUUCGUGCUUCCCUGGCUCCUACGCCAACAUGUGGCACGUUUAUGCCCUAUCAUCAGUCCUUCAGUCUAACAUCUACUCCAUAUACCCCAUGUUCAACCUCAAGAUCCGACCCUAUUUCAACCGAGUCAUACGUCCAAGGACCUGGCCCAAAGAUUCAGAGCCACAAACCAUCCACAUCAUGUGGUCCGGCGAGCUGCAGUCUGAGGCCUUGUUCAGGCCGAACAAUUUUGUCGCACUAGCCCAGACCAGAGACAUCACUUUUGGAAGUCCUGACCGCGAGCAGAGUGCAUCACCCAUCAAGAGUGAAGAGCUGUUGAACCAGGACUCGCAGCUUUCUUACCCGAGUCUGAAGGACAAAUACAAUAUCACCAAGAGGACCUUCUACCGCUGGAAGAGGCAGACACAGGAGCACUGCAAAAAGUCUGCAGCCAGGUAUGAGGCGAAGUAUUUCCUGCAGGCUUGCUACUUGGAGGGAAAGCUCAUCCCUCUGCACCAGUUUAAGGAGUUCUUCCCUGAAAUUUCAAGGUCAUCUUACUAUAACUGGAAGCAUGAGCUCCUGAAAUCUGGAGGAAACUUCUCCACCUCCUCUUCAACUGGAGAGAUUAGUCCUGGAGAGAGUACAGAGCAGGAGGCCUGGUCUUCACCUGAAGCAAAGCAGGAAGAACCGGACCACCAUGACAGUGUGGCCAGUAUGUUUGGCCUCAGCCUCGGCAAGCUUGAUAUAGAGCGGGCCCAGAGUGUAGCACAUAUGCAGGAAGCUAAACGUUGUCUGCAGAAUUGCAUUGCCAUGAACACCUCCCUCCCCUUCAGGGUCUUCAAAAGAAAUUUCCCAGGGAUCUCAAGAUCGACCUACUACAACUGGAGGAGAGAAGCCAUGCUGUUCAACAGAGGUUACAAAGGCAGUGUUGGCAGCAGUGAGGACAGCUCAGAUGCUGAUAAGAGCCAAAGUCCGAAAAGCCUGUCACCAGUCCUGCCUAACGUCAGCCAGCCUGUCAUGCCCAGAGCAAGGAUUUGCAGGCGAAAACACAGAAGUUUCAGGCUGGCAUACAUGAGCAAAAAACAGCUCAGAGAUGCCGCAAAGCUGCAUGUCCAGAAAUCAAAGUGGUCCCUGACAAAGUUCAAGCUCAAAUUCCCGUCCAUGUCCCCUUGUUUCUACUGGCUGUGGCGUAGCAAGCAGAACCGCAAGAAGAAAAUGGUCACCCAGAGUGCUGACAUCCUUCCUCAGAGAGUGGAGAGCACCAUGGCAGAAAACAAGAUUAUGGAGAGGAGGAUGGAGAGUCAGUCUAUGCUGCCAUUUGUCCAAAGCCCUAAAUAUCUAGAAAGCUCCACCAUGCCCUCUUUUGAUGCCCCACAUUCAAAGCACACCCUUCACGGUAAGGCACCAAUAGAUGAGCAGAUGUUUGCAAUGGAUGUUGUGGCUCUGGCCAACUUCAAGGCCAAGGCCAAACUGUUCCUGCAGCAACGCUUUGAGGAAAAAUCCUUCCCUACAUUUAAAGAAUUCAGGUCUUACUUCCCCUUCACUCCACGCUCAACAUACUACAUGUGGAAGCGCGCUUUGCAUCAUGGGGUGUCACUGGUGCAUGGAUAAAUGCACAAAGCUUUUAUCCCAUUAAAAAAUGGGCUUCUGGAGCAAAAUAAUAGCUCAGUUGAAGAACUUCUUGGCCCCAAAACCUCCGUAUUCACCUCUUUGCCUUUGCAUUUUGUUGUAAACAUACUACCUGCACAACGUUACCUUCAAGUCUUUAUGUUCUAAAGGACUGUUGAAUACAGGCUUAUCAUCUAAAUGCAUUGUGUCCUUCCUCUGCCCUACCACCACAACUCAUUCCUCCCUCCUGGACAUUUGCACGUGUGUGAAAAGAAACUUGAGUCAUGGGUCCAUUUAAACCCUGCAUGUUGCCCUCCAGGCAAAAGGCAGUUCAAAGCUGUUGUUUAGUGGCAUCUUGUUUGAAGCUGCUUCUUCUCUGUCUUUUAAUCCCCGCUAAGCAUUGUGCUUAGGCCCCUUUACUUUUUUUUUUCAAUUUUCAUUGUAAUAUGAUUGUUAAUGCUUAAAUGUAUGCUUUUUCUGUUGAUGCAUGUAAUAUUGAUUUGGAUUCUUGGAGGUUUAGAGUUUUUUUUAUUCUUUGAAUGUAAAGAGCAGCCAGUAUUGGUUUUCAGAGAUGACCUCUAGUGCAGAUGUCCUCUGUAAACAGGGUUCCUGUCCUUUUUCAUAUUUCUCCUUUUUAUCAUUGAAUGUACACCUCAGGGUUUCACUUGGUGCACUGAAAGUUAGGUGGCUGUAUCAAGGUUUUGGCAUUUUAAAAUGCCUCCUUUUUCUGGUAAUCAGCACCAUAAUCUGUGAGCUUUGUCACACUGUAUUUGCACUAAAAUGGUUCCUGUUACACUGUUGAAUGUAUUUUCUUAACCAUUAUGCACACUCUGGAUGAGUUCCUACAACUCUUAUUUUUGAGAAAUACCUUGAAAACUGAAUAUAAAUGAAGAUAUUUUAUUUUUUGUACACUCCCUCAUUUCAAAACUACCUAUUUCCCUGCUUUACUGGGGAAAAUUUGCAUUUAUAAGCUACUUUUCUCUGCUAUUUUGUUGUAGGUGAAGCUCCAUUCCACUUGUUUCCAUGCAGGCGGAUGUGUUUUGCAGAUCUGCCACUGUAAUACCCAUGAAUAAUAGAUUUCCGCUUAGAUUUGUACUUUAUGUAUUUAUUUGUCUCAUCCAUCACAUGUCUGAAAUUGGUACUGUUGAUACUGGCAGCCUGUGUUCAGUCAGUAGGUGAGGCAGUCUGUACUGGCUGUAUAUCAAUAAACUCGAUCAGCAUCAAUCGUUUGUUUUUAGCUUCAUCAGUCCUCAUAUGCAUCACUACAGUUUUGAGAGAUUAAGAAAGUACUCUAUCUGGUGGAUUAUUUAAUGGUGCAUUUUUACUUG